UGUUGUCCACCAAUUUACUAGCCGUUAUGUUGUUGUCAACAAACAAACUUUGCCAAGAAAUUUAAAACAUCUGAAUCACCCUCUAAGAAAAAACCAAACAAAAAUGAAGGGAAUGAAAGGCAAGUUUCUGAAAAAAUUGAAGUCAGUCAAAUCGAUUACUUAUUUGAAGCAAGAUUUGAUUUUACAAGCUACUACCCCUGACGGGUUUGUUCAGAACUUGAUCUCGAAAUCGAAGAAUUUCAAGAUUCCUACGCAAUUUAGAGACCCUCGUAAAAAAGACGAUUGCAAUGAUAUCGAAAAGAGGAGGCAGAUUGGAGGAGAAGCUUGCGAGGUUGAGGAUGUUGAGGAGGAGGAAGAUAUUGUGGCUAAUGAGUUAGCUGAUGAUGACAAAGAGAAUGUUGGAGAUAGAGAAAUGUGCGAAAGCCGGGGUUUGAGUUUGAGUGUUGGAAGGCCUUUGUUGGAGAUUGAUAAUUCGGGGCUUAAGUCCUCGGGUAUCGGGUCUGGUUCGUGUUCUGAUCCUGAGCUUUUGGCGGUGUUUGAGCAAGCGGUGAGGGAAGUUAAAGUUGAGGAGAAUGAGAGAAGAGGGAGAAUUGAGGAAGGGAUUGAGGAAAAUGUGGAAGAGGAUCGGCCUUUGAAGGCGCGGAGAAUUUCAGAAAUCGAGAGUCCGUUGCUUGAAUUUGAGGAGAAGUGUCCGCCAGGAGGCGAAAACAAGGUGAUUUUGUACACCACAGGGCUUAGGGGGAUUCGGAAGACAUUUGAGGAUUGUGCUAGGAUUCGAUUUUUGCUACAAAUUUUUAGAGUUUCGUAUUUUGAACGAGAUGUUUCGAUGCAUUUGGAGUUUAAGGAAGAGCUGUGGAGGGUUUUGGGUGAAAAGGUAGUGCCACCAAAGUUGUUUAUAAAAGGAAGGUACAUCGGAGGGGCUGAAGUGGUGGUUGUGUUACAUGAGCAAGGGAGGCUACGACGGCUUUUUGACGGAGUUUUGGUGGAUGGAUCAGAGGGAGUGUGUGAGGUGUGUGUGGGGGUUCGAUUUCUGAUUUGUGUUGUUUGUAAUGGAAGUAGAAGGGUUUUUGUUCGUCGUGAUGAGACCGUGAAGCAAUGUGAAGAAUGUAACGAAAAUGGGUUGAUUAUCUGCCCUAUUUGUUGUUGAAUUGUAUGAUAUUCAUGUCACUUUACUAUGUAUUCAAAUUGUUAUUAUUAC